AUGUCAACACCGGCUUUGGAAGAUCCCCUUCCCAACUCACCUGAUCAUUCUCUAACACAAACCUCAUUUGACAGCUCAUUCACUUUUGCUGCCACACUCAUGCCACUGGUCUCGCCCGUCAAACCUGAGGAUGCUGAGCAAGAUGAAAGCAAGGAUGUUGAAAGAUCAUGGCCUAUCUCGAUAGCACUUCAUACAUUCUCUCGACACUCCAGCCUCAAGGAUCGGAAGGAGCGUGCACUGCAGAUCCUUAAACUGGGUACCAAGAUUGGGAAAGGAUUAUGCACUGUGGAACACCUUAGUUACAACCAGUACUCUAAGACUUUCGUUGAAGAAACUUCAAUGAUGGAUUAUUUGCUUCGACAUCCAGUAGCCGCCCCUACAGAUGACCAGGAACACAUUUAUAGACUCAAUGCAUCCUCAUAUCGAGACUUUCGUGCCCUCCUUGCCACAAAGUGUUCCAUGGCUAUGAAGUCUCUUCAACACUUCGGUUACUGGGAUCUGGUUGAACCCGUGUGGGGCUUAGACAUCUGGCUUUAUUUGAUGGCAAAUGACUUCGAAAUAUAUGCUUUGCAGUAUCGAAUUCGUGUGGAGCAGUUCCUCUAUAUGCUUGAUGCAGUUCAUGACUGGGAGAAACUUCGCACUCGAGUUUUUCUGCACAAGGAGUUAUUAGCAGCUCAGCAUGACGCCGAUAAAGCUCAUGUCAAGGAGAAAGACGAUGUGUCUAUUUCUCAUGCACCUGCAUCUUCGAAGCCAUCUCCCAAAUUGAAGACACCUCAUUCUGCAGUCACAGAUGUUGCCUCCGAUUGGAACCUGGGGGGGGGUAAGGCAUGCAACCAUUGGAGAAGAAGAUCAGAGACCAAGUAA